AUGCGUAUUUGUACCCGAUUCGCGCGGCUUGUUAACUUCGAGAAAUACACAUACAAACAUUUGCGUGUACUGGUAGGUGUGAGAACGACAGUCUCACCUUCUGGACUGUCGUUCGUAAAGCAAAUUUUCUGUUUUCUCCUGGUGAAAUCUGCUUAUCCAACUGCUAUCUCGCCCCUGGAACAAGGUGACAAUUGGGCAGCGGUGAAAGCCAGGUUCUCGAACCUGCGCUCGCAAUUUCAGCGGGAGAUCCGAAAGGUAAAGGGCAGCAACAAAUCUGGAGCAAGUCUCGACGACCUGUAUGUGCCCAGAUGGGGCCACUAUGUAGACCUCCUGUUCCUACAGAGUGCGUGUCCCCAACAUGAGAGCCAGUCAAACAUGGUCCCCCCAAAUGACAGCCGAAGCUCUCAAGUGGGAGCUGACAACAGCCCUUGGGGGCACUUGGAAGGGAGCGAUCCUGUAGAUCCCUCAAGCCUCGAUUUGGAAGAUGAGCUGAGCAGCUGCAGCCAAGCGCCCAGCCCAGGCAAUGCCCCUAGCAGCUGCCAUAGAGGCUCAAGCGACGGAGCUAGCACAAGCGGUGCCGGGAGUUCCAGUGGACGCCCAAGUGUGCCUGCAAAAAGGAAGCAGCCAGAUGACUGUGCCGCUGAAAAGAGACUGCUUCUUGAGUCAGCAACACAGGCAUUGAGUAAGGCCGUCGAGGCAACCAAGCAAAAGGACGAAUGUGACGACUUCGGCGUCAUGAUGGCCAAUGCGCUCCGGCAUGUGCCGCAGGGCCCUCACAGGCAAAUGGCUGGCCUGCUGGCGCACGAAGCUGUCGUCAAGUAUAGCAUAAACAUUAACACUCGGCCCGAGAUUAUCCAGGUGGCGCCUGACGAAUAA